UACAAUACUGGGGAUAGAAGGUUUCAGAGAGGCAGCUAUUCCCACGUCAGUCAAUGUUCAGACUACCUAACUCAAGAUUAUCGAACCAAGAUAGCCGAAUCAGCUGCAAAGUACUUAUUUUGUGAUUAAAUUCUGUAUGUUUUGGACGCAGAGGAACGAUGGAGACGCUGCUUCCCAAAGCGCCACAGAAAAGGCAAGUGACCGCCAUUAUUAUCCUAUUACUAUUGUGGGAGGCGGGCGGUGCAACCAUUAAGUAUUCUAUUCUAGAAGAGAGGGAGAGCGGCUCUUUCGUUGCCAACCUAGCAAGAGAUCUGAGGUUGGGCUUAGGGGAGUUAGCCGCGCGGGGAGCUCGGAUUCUUUCCAAAGGAAAUAAACAGCAUUUGCAGCUCGAGCAGAAGAGUGGAAAUUUGCUUCUAAAAGAAAAACUGGACCGGGAAGAGUUGUGUGGUGAUAUAGAUCCAUGUAUACUAAAUUUCCAGGUGUUACUGAAAAACCCGGUGCAGUUUAUUCAAGGUGAACUGCAGCUGCAAGAUGUAAAUGACCAUGCACCAGAAUUCUUGGAAAAUGAAAUCCUCCUGAAAAUCUCUGAAAGCAGCCAUCCAGGGACUGCAUUUCCUUUGGAAAUAGCUCAAGAUUUAGACGUGGGCAGCAACACAGUUCAGAACUACACAAUUAGUACCAACGCCCAUUUCCACCUCUCCACUCGCAAUCACAGCGACGGCAGGAAAUACCCUGAACUGGUUCUCGACAAAGCGUUGGACCGUGAGGAGCAGUCCGAGCACAGAUUAACUCUCACAGCGUGGGAUGGUGGGUCACCGCCUAGGACUGGGACUUCCCAGGUCCUCGUUAUAGUCCUGGACAUAAAUGACAACGCUCCUGAAUUUGCUCAGCUGCUCCAUGAGGUGCAUGUCCCAGAGAAUAGCGCCAUUGGCUCCCUUGUCAUCACCGUAUCCGCUAUAGAUUUAGAUUCUGGGACCCACAGCGAGCUCUCUUACUCAUUUUUCCAAUCCUCAAAUCAAAUCGUUCAGGCCUUUGAAAUAAACGCAGUCACAGGAGAAAUUCGAUUAAAAAAAUUGUUGGAUUUUGAGGAAAUUCGAUCUUACCGAAUGGAGAUUGAAGCCUCAGACGGCGGAGGUCUUUCAGGAAAAUGCACGGUAGCCAUACAAGUGAUGGAUGUGAACGACAACGCCCCCGAACUGACCAUGUCAUUGCUCAUCACUGAGAUCUCAGAAAACUCCCCUGACACUGUGGUGGCUAUUUUUGGAAUUUCAGAUCCAGAUUCUGGGGACAAUGGCAAAUUGACCUGUUCCAUCGAAGACCAUCUCCCUUUCCUUCUGAAACUUACUGUAGAAAAUUACUACACUCUGGUAACGGAGGGACCCCUGGACAGAGAGAGCCAAGCCGAGUACAACAUCACCAUCACCGUCACCGACCUGGGGACACCCAGGCUGAAGAGCGAGCACAGCAUCAGCGUGCAGGUGGCCGACGUCAACGACAACGCCCCGGCCUUCAGCCAAAGCGCCUACACCCUGUGGGUCCGCGAGAACAACAGCCCCGCCCUGCACAUCGGCAGCGUGAGCGCCACCGACGCGGACUCGGGCGCCAACGCGCGGGUCACCUACUCGCUGCUGCCGCCCGGCGACGCGCGCCUGCCGCUGGCCUCGCUGGUGUCCAUCAACGCGGACACCGGGCAGCUGUUCGCGCUGAGGCCCCUGGAUUUCGAGGCGCUGCGCGCCUUCGAGUUCGGCGUGGGCGCGGCCGACGGCGGCUCGCCGGCGCUGAGCAGCCGGGCGCUGGUGCGCGUGCAGGUGCUGGACGCCAACGACAACGCGCCCGUCGUGCUGUACCCGCCGCAGAACGGCUCUGCGCCCUGCACCGAGCUGGUGCCGCGCGCGGCCGACGCGGGCUACCUGGUGAACAAGGUGGUGGCGGUGGACGGCGACUCGGGCCAGAACGCCUGGCUGUCGUACCAGCUGCUCAGGGCCACGGAGCCCGGGCUGUUCGGCGUGUGGGCGCCCAGCGGCGAGGUGCGCACGGCCCGGCUGCUGAGCGAGCGCGACGCGCCCAGGCACAGGCUGGCGGUGCUGGUGCGCGACCACGGCGAGCCGCCGCUGUCGGCCACCGUCACGCUGCACGUGCUGCUGGUGGACGGCUUCUCGCAGCCCCACCUGCCGCGGGCCGAGGCGGCGGCCGAGCAGGCGCGGGCCGAGCCGCUCACCGUGUCCUUGGUGGUGGCCCUGGCGGCGGUGUCGUCGCUCUUCCUGCUGUCGGUGCUGGGCGUCGUGGCGGCGCGGCUGUGCGCGAGGGCCCGGGCGGCGUCUGCGGGUGGCUGCUCGGGGCCCGGGGGCGGCCUUGCGGGCCACGUGGUGGACGUGAGCGGCGGCGGGACGCUGUGCCAGGCCUACCGCUAUGAGGUGUGCCUGACGGGAAGUUCAGGGACCAGCGAGUUCAAGUUUGUGAAGCCAGCUAUCCCUAAUUUCCAGGUCCAUUCCCAUGGGUCAGAAAUAGAAGGAAACACCAACUUUAGGAGUUUCAGUAUUCAGUGACAGUAAUAGUUUUUCAUAAUUCAAAUAUUUAAAACUGAUUAUAAGUUUAAGGUAUCCCUUCCAUGCCAACCUAUUAUUGUUUAAAAUUACACUAAACUUGCUUGAAACUUUUCUUAUAUUUUCCCAUGGUUUUAAAGAAUGGCAUUUCCAUUACUUCAUUACUCUAACAGGAUCGGUGGUCUUAAUUCUUGCCUCUCCAAACACUGAUGUAGUCAAUAGGUGUACAAAUCCUUGUUCUGCAAUAGCUUAGGUGUGUAUUAGGAUAAAAAGAAAAACAGUGCAAAAUAACUUCUAUAAAAUCAAUUGUAUUUCUUUGAAUAUUUCUUGUUAGUUUCUAAGCCAUUAGGUGUAUAAGAGCAGAAAUGCACUGACACACUAAAGGAAGCCUUAUGGGAAGGAAAGAACUGGUACAGUGAAAAUCUGGCUCCUGCUUUGCUCUCAUAGUACUUAUAUUUGAUGUCCUUUUCUCUUAAGAUGGCGUACUAAUUGUGCUUCCUUUCAUUAAUAUACCAGCAUUUUAAUGUAAUUAUUUUAAUUGCUUUCUAUUUAAUUCCACUGGUGUUAAAAGGCGGAAACGCUGUCGUGUUUAUCCAGUGAGAUGAAAUAACAUGGUAAUGAAAUUGGCUUUUUUUAUUUGAGAAACACUGCGCAUCUGUGACAUAAAAUGCAGUGGUCACCCAAUAUCCAUUCAUCUUCUCUUCUCUAGUCACAGGUCCCAAAUUUUAUUCAGGGUAUUAGUGUGCUUAGUCAAAAGGAUACAUUUUCCCAGCCUCCUUCGCUGGAAUAGUUCAUUUGACUAGGUUAUUGUCCUUGAGAUGUAUAAACAAAUGUAGAUUUCCAAGAAGGCUUUUUAAAGAGUGAUGCCUCAUCUUGGAAGAGGCCUCUUUUUGUCCUUCUCUGACUGCUCCUUGUUACUUGGAAUGUGUAAGUCAGGGCUGGAACACAACAAGCCAUGUUGAGCCAAAGCAACACUAAGGUUGGUACUAUUGAAUAAAGACAGUAUGAUAUAAACUUAAGAGAUGAGGAUCCCUGAUGAUCAUGGAGUCAUCGCACAUACUUGGAUUGCCUACUUCUGAACUUUUAGAUCCUGCAGAAACCAAUAUGAAUGAUUUAACAAUAAGAUUUUUAUUAAAAUAUUAUAUACAUUGAACUAUACAGUGAAGUGUACAGAUCCUAAGUGUAUAGUUUGAUGUAACAUCUUUUAAAGCUUUUAUUUCUUGGUUUCUAAUUUAAAGGUAUAGAGUGCUUUAUACUUAUUAUCUUUUUAAUCUCCAGCCAAACCGUAAGGUAGUUGGCAUAUUAUCCCCUCUUUUCCAUAUGAGAAAACUGAAGCUUAGAAAGGUUAAGUAAUUUCCUCACAGUUCUGAAGUAUCAAAAGGAGCAUUUUGAAAUAUAUAUGUUAAGUCCACUUGAAUUGAAUGGCUCAGUUCCUAACCCAUAUCCUAUAAUGGGAAGCAUUAAACUGGUAGCAUCGUCUUCCUAACUAGAAGUGAAAUCCAUAUCUUCCAUGAACUGAACUGCUAUGCAAAAAUGUAACUUUUUGUCUAUAAUUUGUAUUUAUUUCUAUACUAAUGAGGCCACACUCCUCUAGACCAAUAAACCCUAAGUUCUUUGAGAAGCAGUGACCUAAGUAGGCUGCAUAGGACACCACAAUUAAUCUUCACCAUAGACAAAUCAGCCUGAUUGUCUACCUGUACAUCUCAAUAUAUCACAUUCAUUAUUGCAGAAAUAAAUGCCUUCAAGAGGGAGUAGAGUAACUUUAUGGUUGUAUUUAUUGAAUUCCUCAUGAAAUCUUUUGUUUUUUUCUGUCCAUCCCAAUAUAUGCAUAUUUUUGUUUUCUCUAGAUAGUUUAAACUUGCCUUAUUAUAUAAUUGAUUUGUCUCUUAUUCAAAUCAAAUAUACUGUAUUCAUUUUAUUACACUUUGUUUGAAAGCAGUAUUCUGGUAUUUUUAAAUGAAAUAACUAAUUUCAGAAAAGUGUACUCAAGGAUAUGGAGUUUAUAUUGGUAACUAACUUGGAGAUUCUAGAAAUUUAAUAGGAAUAAAACUGAUAGGUUCCUGUUAUUUUCUGUUAAGAUUCGCCAUUCUUUGGAAACUACUCUUAAAAAAUAUGCUGAAUAAAAGAUUUGGAGUCAUAAAAGACUUUAUUCUGGAAGUACGGUUCAUUGGAGCUGAAUCAGACAUUCUUCAGCAUUUGCUGUGGUAACAUUAUUCUUGUAGAGUGACUAAUUUCUGUUGACUUAGCUGCUAGGUGCAUGAAAUCCAUGCUCAUGUAAUGUAUUCAUUUUCUAUUACUGCUAUAAAAAGUUACCACAAAUGUAGUUGCUUAAAAUAAUAAAGAGGUAUACUUUAUAAUUCUGUA